CUACGAAUCCGAUUUAUAUGUCCGUUUUAGCUCGUAGCAUCGUAAAAACCGUAAAUAACAUAAUAACUAAAUAUAAAAGGUACGAAGACGGAGAGACAAGUUGAUCGAAUCGUUUGUGUGGUAAUCAAAGACCGCUGUGAUAAGAUUAGUACUUCUCUACUACUAACCUAUCGCUAUACCUGCACUAGUGCUAGGCGUUAGCGUCGUAGGCAUGGACAACUUACAGGAAAGGCAAGCAAAGGUCUGCUCCCUUAGGAAAUUCAUUGCCACGGCAGAUAAUGUUUUGGAUUCUGUUCUACGUAAAUUGGGCUGGACAAGACUGUCACUCUCAGAAAAAACGGCUUGUGUGCAGUGUCCCUACGAUUCUAAUCACAAGAUGCCAAAGGAGGUGUUAGAGGUACACAAAGAGGUGUGCAAGUUAAAGAAACAAGGUUAUACCAGGGAGGAAAUUGAAGCAGCUGAAUGCUCACUUACCUACCAAAGCACUCCUGGUGUUGUACAAAUAGAUGAAGAGGCCAUGAGAUCCAUUUUAAAGAAGUCAGCAGAGGUGCAAGGUUUAAUAAGAAUAGAUUCUGCUGUUCAGCAACGUGAAUUGCCUCUCAACUACGACCGAGAGAUGGUAGAGUUCACACGUGAGGAGAGACUAGCCAUGCACCAGUAUGUCGUGAAUAAGGGCAAGGAGCUAAAGAAGCAGCAGAUAGAAAUCGGUGACUUCAUGAUCGACUGGGAUGCAAUCGAUGCCAAGAAGGAAGACACGGAUCGUCCGAAGAGUCUCUUGGAGCAGAGAGCAGAGCAGCGGGACUACAAGCGCAGGCGACAGACGUAUCGUGCCAAGAACGUUCACAUAACACAGAAAUCCUACACAGAGGUCAUUCGCGACGUCAUCGCCAAUCAGACCGAGCUGCUGGAGAGUGUUUUGAGCAGUGCUGCAGCAACUGGGGGUAGACCCAGUAUAAAGCAGGAGCAAGUGGACGAUGACUACCCGGACGCCAGCCAAGAUAGGUACACGACGUCGUCAGAUCGCGUCGGGUGUGGCAGGGACCAGCGGACUUCCCGCGGUGACCGUGUGAAGGCAGAGGGGCGCGUGUCAGAGGAGCAAGACGACAGUCGGGACACCGAAAGGCAUCGACAAAGACGCAGACACAGGCACAGCCGUGAGAGAGACACCAGCGAAGGUGGGGAGAUGGAUCGGCAUCCGUACCGGGAAAGACGUAGUAGAGACAUAGAUCCCAGCGAUGGUAUGGAAAUGGAUCAACGUCCACGUGGCGAAAAGCGUAGCCGAGAGAGAGACCGCAGCGAAGCUAGAGAGACGCUACAGAGGCAUAGGAAGAGGAGGUCGAGGAGUAGGUCACGAUCCAGCAGCAAAAGCAGCAGCAAGCCAUCUGCUAGACGUCACGGGAGCAACACGGACAAAAACAGCGACAGUAGUGUUGAGAGUCACAGGGACGACGAACGGAAACGGCACAAGAAGAAGCACAAAAAACACAAGCAUCACAAGUCUCGCAGGUGACCUCUAAACGUCUCAGCAACAUCUACUGACCUGCUCGUCAUGAUACGUGCCACUCUCGUGCAACAAGAUGCUGCUGCACAUAAUGGUAUCAAGAGUCCAUAAUAAAAAUUCUUCUAAACAUUUCUAUUAUGGAUGAUUCUUGAUGAUAUGUCACUUCAGUUUAGAUGCUAACCUAAUAGACUUUCGAGAAUCCGAAUUUGCGAUUACCCUUUCUGAUUUUCUAUGAUUUUUUAAACAAAUUCUAGAAAAAUAAAUGAUGAUCAAAGCAAACCAGCUUGUAUGAUUUAUAAUUAAUGAAGUGCUUAUUAGUGUUGAAUUUGCUCUGAUAACAACGCUGCACGUGACAAGUA